AUGGAACUUGGAAGGAGGAAUACCAAGAAAUACACUUUCAAAUGUCCUGACUUAACAGAGUUGAAGAAUCUUGGUUCUAUGAUAGUUAGUCCAGAGGGUUUCAGAGCUCAGUACGGAAGACUUAUGGGUAUCUUGAAGACCAAGGUUGGAGAUGGAGUUCUCAACACCCUGGUACAGUUUUAUGAUCCACUCUACCAUUGCUUCACAUUUCCAGACUACCAGCUUAUGCCUACUCUAGAAGAAUACUCUUAUUGGUUUGGUUUACCAAUCUCUGACAAAUUACCACCCAGUGGUUCAGAGAAGACCCAUACACCAGUAGCUAUUGCAGAAGCACUUCACCUAGAAACGUCUGUUGUGAAGACCAACUUCACUAAAAAAGGAGGGAUUCUAGGUCUAACCUCUAGAUUCCUGUUGGAGAAAGCCUUUAUCUUUGCAGAAAUAGAUAGUAGAGAUGCCUUUGAAGCCAUUUUUGCUCUACUCAUUUAUAGGAUUGUGCUCUUCCCAAACAUUGAUGACUUUGUGGAUGUUAAUGAUGUACGAAUCUUCUUAAUUGGUAACCCAGUACCCACAUUACUUGGAGAUACCUACCAUUCUAUCCAUCACUGGACUAAGAAAGGUGGUGGAACCAUUCUUUGUUGUGCACCUCUCCUAUAUAAGUGGUUUAUUUCUCACUUACCCAAAUCCAAGCUCUUCAGGGAGAAUCCGCAGAAGCUCAGAUGGUCUUAG